AAAGAAUUUGAAGCUCCAAAUAAAAACCCAAACUUUGUGUUCUUUAAUGCUCUGAUCUUAUGCUGCCUCACUGCUCUCUUCUUCUCUACAAUAUAUAGGGAAGAAAAUCUCUCAAAAACAACCAUUAAGCUGUGUUCUUCUCUCCCUUUGAUCUUCUCUGUCUCCAUUGACAAUGAAAUAAGUCUCUUAUCCUCCUCAGAAGAUGGCAAAAAAGGUUCCAUUUUUGUUUGAUGCGGCGGCUCUGUACUGCGAAGAGGAGAGUCUUGGAGAGGUAGAGAAAGAAGAGUGUUUUAUGGGAAACAAUUUCGAUGAUAGCUAUGUUGUGGUGUGGGGAGAUGAAGAGCUGAGGUUUUUGUUGUCCAAAGAAGAGGAAAACAAUCUGCAGAACAUUCUUGAAAAGAACCCAUCUUUGUCGGAUUCAAGAACUGAGGGUGUAGAGUGGAUUUUGGAGAUGAAUGGUCGCCAUAAUUUCUCACCCCAGACUGCACUUCUGGCAGUGAACUACCUUGAUAGGUUUCUGGGCAGUGUUGAAUCCCAAACUCAGAAGCCAUGGAUGAGUCAACUCGCUGCUGUUGCUUGCAUCUCCCUUGCUGCCAAAGUUGAAGAGACCCAAGUGCCUCUCCUCCUGGAUUUUCAGGUUGAGGAAUCUGAGUUUAUGUUUGAGGCAAAAACAAUUGAGAGAAUGGAGCUGUUGGUUCUGUCCAGUCUUCAAUGGCGGAUGAACCCUGUCACCCCUUUCACAUUUCUUGAUUACAUUGCAAGAAGGCUUGGGCUAAAGAAUGCCCUCUACUCUGAGUUCCUCAGGAGAUGUGGACAUGUAAUUAUCUCCACCACUUCUGAUUGUAGAUUCAUGUGUUACCUGCCCUCUGUUAUGGCCUCUGCCACCAUGCUGCAUGUCAUUAAAAAGCUGGAGCCUUGCAUUGGCAUAGAAGAGUCCCAAGAGCAAUUAUUGUUGGGCAUUCUUGGAACCAACAUGGAGGAAGUGGAGAAAUGCUUGAGGCUAAUUAGAGAAGUGGCAUCAGAAUUUGAGUUUGAUAGAGCCCAGAAACGCAAAAUGCUUGGGAGCCCCAAAGGGGUUAUGGAUGUGUCGUUUAGCUCUGACAGCUCCAAUCAUCAUUCAUGGUCGAUCUGUUCUUCCUGGGAGCCAUUGUUGAAGAAGACAAGGACUCAAGAACAUCCUAAGCAUUGAUUCCUCAGUGGAUUCUUCUUAAUUAAUCUUGUUUUCAUAUUUCCUUAAUAUAGAUUAGAUAUAUAUUGCCAAAAUAAUAAUUCUCCUGCCUUGCUUAUUCAGUGGGACAUAUUAAACUGGGCCCACCAUGCAUGUCACCAAUUCCAAUUGCUUAUUUAAAGUUGAUGGAAA